UGGGCUGUGCGCUGCAGGGGGGCGGGAGGCGAGGAGAGCGAAGCGGCAGAAGGCUCAUUGUGUGUCGGCUAGAAAGUGGGGGUCGUUGCGGGGGGGAGAAAGCGUGCGUGGAGGCUGAACUCUCGCUUUUGUCGCCUGUGGAGGAGGGGGCGGAUUAAGUAGCCUUCUCGCUCACACAUACACACACCAGGGACGCCCGGUUCGUUUAUCAGCAUCAUCAUACCCGUUACCGAGGAUACACAGUAAACCGGGAAGGGAUGCAGACUUAGCGCGAGACGGACAGUGGGACUUCGGUCUCAGCUGGAUUCGGUAAAUGGUGCGUGCACCGUGCGGUCGUCGGCGAUGAGAAGAAAGGAGGACAAAAGAUGAACGCUGGAGGAUAGACACGGCCCCCCGGUAGACACGCGCCAUCGGUUUACCGCAUCUCUCUGAUCUCGUUUCGCCGUGCGUGAGUCUGUCUGUCGGUCGUUCAGACUGUGUCUCACUGGGAGAAAAAAACCCGAAUAGUAUUCCCGAAUCACAGGAGGCGUUGCCUGUAUCUGACUGCCUGCAGAGAGACUAUUGUCUGUGUGUGUUUGUGUGUAUGUGUGAUUUGACGUUUAGGGGUGUGAGCGGGUGUGCUCGUGUAUGUGCGUGUGGUGACGACUGUGAGAGAUGUGUUUGUCUGAUUUGAUGGCGAGGGGUGUGUGAGUUGCUGGUGUAAGGGUGUGUGUAAUUGACAGUACAGGUGUGUGUGUGUGAGCCAUGGGGAACACAGAGAGUAUGGAGUCCCAGCUAGCGGUGAUCCGGGCCAGGGCUGCUCCUGUCAAGCUGCCCAUGCCUGAUCCUGCUGAGCUGGAAGAGAGGUUCUCCAUUGCACUGAACUCGAUGAACCUGCCUCCUGACAAGGUGCGUCUGCUGCGUUGCUACGACAACGAGAAGAAGUGGGAGCUGAUAUGUGAUCAGGAGCGGUUCCAGGUGAAGAACCCUCCUCACACCUACAUCCAGAAGCUGAGAGGAUUCCUUGACCCAGCCGUCACACGCAAGAAAUUCCGUCGGAGAGUCCAGGAGUCGACUCAGGUGCUCAGAGAGCUGGAGAUCUCACUACGGACCAAUCACAUCGGGUGGGUGAGGGAGUUUCUCAAUGAGGAGAAUCAGGGUCUGGAUGUCCUAGUAGAGUACCUCUCCUUCGCUCAAUACGCAGUCACGUUUGAUGGGGAGGUAUCUGAGGCCAGUACUGAGGAGAGAGCUGUAGAUUCCCCCUGGAGUCGUUCUAUAGAAGAUCUCCAUGGAGACAGCAACCUGCCCUCCUCCAGUGGCAACAACAUACCGCGCUCCGCACGCCACUCUAUCGGUUCAGCGUUGGUGUCCAGGUCUAACACACUGCCCAGUAGGAAGACACUGAAGAACUCCCGACUGGUGUGUAAGAAGGACGACGUGCACGUGUGUGUGAUGUGUCUCAGAGCCAUCAUGAACUACCAGUAUGGCUUUAACAUGGUAAUGUCCCAUCCUCAUGCUGUGAAUGAGAUCGCUCUGAGCCUCAACAACAGAAACCCAAGGACUAAGGCUCUGGUAUUGGAGCUGUUGGCAGCUGUGUGUUUGGUCAGAGGAGGUCAUGAGAUAAUCCUGUCUGCUUUCGACAACUUUAAAACAGUGUGCUCUGAGACCCUGAGGUUUGAGAAGCUGAUGGAGCAUUUUAAGAACGAGGAUGACAACAUUGACUUUAUGGUGGCCUGUAUGCAGUUUAUAAACAUUGUGGUACAUUCUGUUGAGGACAUGAACUUCAGAGUGCAUCUUCAGUAUGACUUUACCAAACUCAAUCUGGACGAUUACCUAGAGAGGUUGAAGCACACAGAGAGUGAUCGGCUGCAGGUCCAAAUCCAGGCUUACCUGGACAAUGUGUUUGACGUGGGGACGCUGCUGGAGGACGCAGAGACCAAGACCGCCGCACUGGAGAGGGUAGAGGAGCUGGAGGAGAAUAUGACCCACAUGACGGAGAGGCUCCUGGACACAGAGAACGAGGCCAUGGCCAAGAUAGUGGAGCUGGAGAAACAGCUGAUGCAAACCCACAAGGAGCUGGACACCAUACGGGAUGUGUACACUAGCACUAACAACCAGGUGCACACCCUGCGGAGGAUCGUGCGUGAGAAGGACCAGACCAUCCGCAGGCAGAGUCGACUGGAGCGCCAGGCUCAGGAGGGUGGAGGGGGCACCUUGGUGGUACAGGGAGGGGGCACCUUACACCCCGCGAGGGGCGAGGGGGACGGAGGGGUGGGGGAUUUUUCCUCCCCUUCUCUGACCCUCGGCAUGACCCUCUCCACCAGCCCAGAGACAGUGGGCUAUGGCUUACCAGGGGUGGGACUAGGGAUGAUGCCAGCCCCUCCCCCUCCCCCACCACCUCCACCAAUGCCAGGGAUGCCAGGGGACAUUUCAAACGGGCCCUACCCCGCCCCCCCUCCUACUCCUCCUCCUCCCCUUCCCCCUUACGUUCCAUGGAGUCCUCCGGCCCUCUGCCUCCUCCUCCUCCAUGCGCCCUCCACUCCCGGCUGUGGUGGAUCACCCACUGUCAUCUUUAACUCCGGCCUGGCAGAGGGCUCACUCAAGCUGUUCUCUGUGAAGAUUAAGAAGCCUAUUCAGACUAAGUUCCGUAUGCCAGUGUUUAACUGGGUGGCUCUGAAACCAAGUCAGAUCAAUGGAACUGUCUUCAACGACAUAGACGACGAGAGGAUCCUCCAGGAGCUGAAUGUGGAGGAGUUUGAGGAGAUGUUUAAGACCAAGGCCCAGGGGCCAGCAGUGGAUGUGACUCUGAGCAGGCACAAGGCCCCUCAGAAGGGCCCCAACAGGGUGUCUCUGCUGGAGGCUAAUAGAGCCAAGAAUCUGGCCAUCACCCUCCGCAAGGCUGGCCAGGGGCCCGAACUCAUCUGUAGGGCCAUCCAGACGUUUGACAUGCGUACUGUGCGUGUGGACUUUGUGGAGUGUCUGAUGCGUUUCCUCCCCACUGAGGGAGAGAUUAAGAUGCUACGGCAGUACGAGAGGGACAGAAAGCCAGUGGAGGCACUGAGCGAUGAGGACCGUUUCAUGUUGCAGUUCAGCCGCAUAGAGAGACUGGCCCAACGCAUGUCCAUCAUCACCUUCAUGGGCAACUUCCAGGACAACAUACAGAUGCUCACACCGCAACUCCACGCAAUCAUCGCUGCUUCUGUGUCCAUCAAGUCCUCCCAGAAACUCAAGAAGAUUCUAGAGAUUAUCCUGGCUCUGGGGAACUAUAUGAACAGCAGUAAGAGAGGAGCGGUGUACGGAUUCAAGCUGCAGAGUUUAGACCUGCUGCUGGAGACUAAGACCACCGACAGAAAGCAGACCCUGCUGCAUUACAUAGCCAACGUGGUGAGAGAGAAAUACCCUGGAGUCGCUCUGUUCUACAACGAGCUGCACUAUGUAGAGAAAGCUGCUGCAGUGUCCCUGGAGAACGUGGUGUGUGACGUGAAGGAGUGUCAGCGUGGUAUGGAGCUGUCGUGGAGGGAGUACAGUAUGCAUGGCCACAACCCACUCCUCAAAGACUUCAUCAGCAAACAUGAGACCCGCCUGCAGAAACUACAGGAGGACGCACGCAUCGCACAGGAUGCAUUUGACGAUGCGGUGAAGCACUUUGGGGAUAGCUCUAAGACCAUGCCGCCCUCUGUCUUCUUUCCUGUGUUUGUACGAUUCAUCAAAGCCUACAGGCUGGCGGAGGAGGAGAAUGAACAGAGGAGGAGGCAGGAGCAGGCGUUGAUGGAGAAGCUGGAGCAGGAGGAGCUGCAACAGGAGCAGGAGGAGCCUAAGUCCCCGUCCAACCGUCCAAAGCAGCGGCAGCAGGAGUCCCUGAUUACAGAGCUGAGGAGGCGACAGGGUGGUAAAGACAGCAGACAUGUCUACGAGGGCAAAGAUGGAGCUAUAGAGGACAUCAUUACAGUGCUGAAGACCGUCCCUUUCACUGCCAGGACGGCCAAACGCAGCUCCCGCUUCUUCUGUGAUCCCGCCCACACUGAAUAACACUACUAAACUCUCAGAGAGAGAUAGAGAGAGGGUAGAGGGAGAGAGAGGGAGAUGAAGAGGAAAAAAUAUACUCUUCGAGAGAGAUAUACAGGGUAGAGGGGAGAGAGAGGGUGAGGGAAAGCUAGGUGGGAGAGCUAAAGGGGAAUAACAAUGAGAGGAGAGAAGCAUGGGGGAAAAGAGCGGCAGUUAGAGAGAGAGAGAGAGAGAGAGAGAGAGAGAGAGAG